CUUGAAUCUCGCUCCUCCCCAAAAGCCGCAUCCCCAUUGGAGCGCUUCUCUCCUUGGAAAACGCGCCGGCCAAUUGGCAGCCAGGAGGGGCUAUAAAGGCGCCGAACUCCAGAAACCUGGAGCGGGCCUUGAGGAGCAAGGGCACUUUGCAAGCGAAAACCAAGUUUGUUGGAAGAGAGCGAGGCAGCUUUUUUACAAGAUGAAAACUACCGGCCGAGGUAAGAACAGAGGAUUGUUAAGAAGAUUUUUAGUUCACUUGUCUUUAAAAAAUUGCUCAAAUGAUUGAUAUAAAUUCAGGGUUUCAUAAACGACGGUUUUUAUAAAUGAAGGGUGUUUCUGUUUCUGGGUCAGGAUCAGGAUCGGGGUGUAGGGAAGGCUUUCAAAGACCCAUUUGUAGUAGCCAGGGAGGGAUUACACAGGGGCUCAAAUGUCUUCGGUUGGAAACAUUUCGCAAGAUUGGUUUGCACAUCUUUAGUUGUAAGCAUGAAGUAUUUACGCACACACUUUCUGAAUGUUAAAUCCCUCUCACAUAAACGGGAUUAAAUUUCCCAGUAAACGUGGUUGGGAUCAGUUGAGACAAAAGAUGGCAGGCGUAGAAUUAAGAGUUAAAUUCUUACGCUUCGCCUUUUCAUCAAGCCUUGUUCAGAGCAACCGGAGGUUUAUUUAAAGGCCACAAAGUGCGUGGAUUUCAAUGUCGGGUACAAAAGCCUUCCUGUAAAAAGCGAAGGCUUUGCCCUUCUGCGCUCUGCCGGGUGGGUGGUCAGCGGGGCGGUUGAAAGAAUUGCCACUGAAGCCGGGGGUCGUUUUACGCAGUGUAACCUCAGGCAGCGCCCGAUUCUGGGAGAAAGUGCAGGCGAUGCAGUCCUGAGCUUUCCAUGUCGGGAGGAAGAUCUGCAAGCGUCGCAUCUGUUUAAGCCGAGCGCUUCCUUCAGAUUUACCUCUUUGUCUUUUCCCAGGAGGAAGCUACCCCAAAGUCGGAGGAGAUAGGAGAAAAAGGACCGUUUUCACCCCUGCCCAAAUCGAGCUUUUAAAGAAGGAGUUUGAAGAGAACCAGUACCCCGGAUACGAGACCAGGGAGGCGCUGGCGAGGUGCAUCGGAGUCGAAGAAGAUCGUGUGCACGUAAGAAUCGGGAUGGUGGGGGCUCCCAAGACUUCCCUAAACCGCACAUACUGGAACAAUUUGAAACGCUCAGAAUAAUCCUUGCGUAGUCGCAAGUCUUAGUUCUCCCGGGUGCCUCUCAGCUUUUUUGGGGGGGGGGCGUGUAUCGUGGAUGUAAAGGCUUUUUGUAAAGGGUGGGUGGAUUGUGCUCCCUCCUUUUCAAAUUUAGGAAGAAAUUGUGCCCAUACUUGUUCAGAAAUCCUGGUUCCUGAUUAAGGCUUCCUUUUCCUUCCCAGUAAAUUUAUGCACAGCACACAUUCAUUUAAUGCAGAUUCUGAGUUUUCUGAGAUUCUGACCCCAAACGGGGCAGAACAAAUGGGUAGGUCUUCUGAGUGAGCUAUUUAAAAUUACGAUUACUAUGUUUAUGGAAUUUUUAAAACAAUUGCCAGACAUAAAGUGUUGCCUUCCAGCACAAAUGCACACAGAUGUUAAGUCUUGUAUGCAGCCAUCCACUUGGCAUUAACAAAUGCUUGACAAUUUCUUGCAGAUGAAGCUCACAUCCACAGGUUAUACUUCAAUAAAGCAAGUCUUGUGGAACUGUACACUUAGGCAGCUUUUAAAGGUGGCUUUUUCUGAUACUGCAGAACAAAAUACAGCCAAAUAGCAGUAUUUAGUCACUCCAACUUAGAAGCUUUAUGAUUAACAGUAACUGGAGAUUAUGAACAUGGGAUAUUUGAAUGCGGAGCUGAAGAGAGUAGAAAAAUGCUGCAGAUAACUAAAGACAAUCCCCAGAGGAAUAAGCAUAAUUUAUUGAAUGUAAUUCUCUCUGUUGGAUCAAAAAGACAUAUUCAUGGUAACAAUGUCUUCUAUAUUCACAGAACAUAAUGCUUAUAUGCCUUUCGCACAACACAAAACAAGUUAACGUAGGUUCUCCCACUGUCAUAUACUAAUCUUUGCUUGGUUGUUGUACCUGAAAGUGAAAUUAUGACCUACCCGUUUGGAAAUAAUGGGCAUUUGGUUCUCUCCUUUCUUCUGUUCAGAUCUGGUUUCAAAAUAGACGAGCCAGAACACCAAAGAGGAUAGGUUCCAGGAUAAGGAUCGGGAACCAUGCUGCAGCUCCUUAUAGCCACAGUGAAGGAACCCGUCCAAGAAGCAGCCUGGACAGCAGCCCAAGAAGCAGUCCAGGAAACCUCCAAAAUAUUCAUAUGGAACAAGAUUAUCAGCCACACAACUUGCAUCAUGCUGAAAGCAACAGAGGAGCAGGGUUGUGGCAGCCACCUCUCAACAACACACAACCCGAAGAGUGUGCCCCGCAACAGCAGAGCUCCCUGGAAUUGAACCCUGCUUAUUACCAGCAAGCUGCUUUUUGUGGAACUGGACUUUGUGAGACUUCUCAGGCGAGCAACUGCCCAGUUCCAUAUUAUGGUGCGGAGAUGGUGAGGCAGCCUCCACCAUCAGCUGGGAACUUCUUCAUGGCAUCAAGCAGUUAUACUCCCUGGUCUGCAACGGGGAAUUAUUCAGCUACAAAUCCUGUACAAAUGCAGAACGUUGAUGGAAGUGUUUCGGACUCUCAGUUUUUCUCUUUAAGUCAGGUUCCAGAUUAGCAUCCCAACUCCUUCCUUGCUAUCCUGUACAUAUUUUACAAGCUCCCUCUUUUAAUGCCUUUUAAUGUAUGACUUCUAUGUUUUGAAUAAAGUUUGUUCCUUUACUAGCUUGUCUGCAGUCUUCCUUUAACUUUCCAUUUACUGAAACAUUCACUUUCCUUUGUGCAAGCAUAUAAACAUGGGCUUAAUUUUCCCAUAGAAAAAUGUCAGUUGCGCAGUACAUGUGGUUCUAGAGAUAAAAGGUCACGUCUACUAAUGGCUGAAUAUUCCUAAGACACAUUUUAAUGCACCAGUGGCUUUCUGUCCCUUUCCUUUUCUUUUUAAGUCUCUGUAUCUGAGGCUAGAGUAGGUGGCAAUAAAUGUGGUAGGAAGUUGCUAUAUUUUCUUUGUAUGCAAAAGUAUAUUUGUAGGUCUUGGUAUAAGUCGAUUUAGUAACACUUUUCUGUGUUAAUAAGUUUGGUUUCCAUUAAUGAGUCUUCCAUUUAAAAAAAAACAGAACUUUGAGAUGGGGAUAUAAGGUUUAAUUGAUUUUCCCACCAUGAGUGUGUUAAGUUGC